ACUUCCGAUCCGAGGACGACAAGCGCAGUCUGGCCGCGACCAUCAUGGAUCGCAGUUGAAUUACAGUGGAUUGUGCUUAUGGCGUAUAAACUGCCGCUUAUUGAGUUUCAAUUAAAAUUAAUUUACUGUAAUUCUUAUUUAUGAAACGUUAAAAGUGUGUGCAAAUUGCAAUAUAAUUUAAGAACAUGGCUGUGAAAGAGUGUUGUUGUGGUAAACUGUUGUAUACCAAAAAAUCGAUUUUUGGAUUAAGAAUGGGUAGCCAAAUAUUGUAUUUAUUAUUCGCCGCGAGUUUCAUUUUGUCUUGCUUGGCCGCUGAAUCAAAUGCUCAACAAAUCAAAUGUUCUGACGUGAGGCAGGAAUUUAACAGAAAAGAUCCAGUAACCACGCUGGAAUUGGUGAAGGAGCCAAACUCAGAUGCAGGAGGUCUCUGUCUCAACAGCGGUUGUUGCUCCGCGGCAGACUCGGACGUCCUGGUGCAAAGAGCGAAGUCACAGCUUGAGAGUAGCUUGAAGACCGAACUGGAGACCUUGGCCUCCACGUUGUCCAGCAGAGCAAUGAAGGUCGACGAGUUCUUCAGAAUACUUUUGGACGAGUCUCGAAAGAGUUUCCACAACAUGUUCAAACGCACGUAUGGCAUGAUCUACGAGCAACACUCCUUCGUCUUCCAAGAUCUCUUCAAUCAGCUUGAAAAGUACUACACGAAAGGCGACACGAACUUCGAGCUGAUGAUGGACAAAUUCUUCUCAAUCCUAUACGAAAAGAUGUUCGCAGUAUUAAAUGCACAGUACCAGUUUGAUAGCAGGUACCUGAAAUGCGUGAGCAGCAACAUGCGCGACAUCCAGCCGUUCGAAGACGUGCCCCACAAGUUGUCAUUGCAGCUGCGACGGGCGUUCGUGGCCACGAGGAUCUUCCACAAGUCGCUGCAAGGGGGCGCUGACGUCGUGAGGAAUAUGAAACCGGUGGAAGUGAGCGUGGAAUGCGCACGCGCAUUCGCCCGUAUGUUGCACUGCGGCACCUGCAGUGGUAUCGAAGUAAAAGCGUGCAGCCGGUACUGCCACAACAUUUUGAGGGGUUGCCUGCCCACAUUCGCAGAUCUCAACGAGCAGUGGGAUGCAUAUGUCGAUGCCGUAGACAAAGUGGGCGACCGGUUACUGGGGCCGUUCAAUAUUGCUAUGGUGGUCGAGCCAAUAGACAUCAAAAUCUCCGAAGCGAUCAUGAGCUUCCAAGAGCACAACCAGGAGAUAUCAAAUAAGAUAUUCUCGAUAUGCGGCAAACCAGUUCUGGGCGAGAACGACAAAAGCAGCGAAGACACCGCGGCUUUUGGUACUCCUGAGAGGAAACGCAGAUUCGCCAGAGCCUUGCCCGAUUUCGAUUGGAAUCCUAAAACAAAUGAUGUGGACGAUUUCGAAAUAGAAGCGUCGUUCGAGAGCGUCAUCCACGAGGAUCCAUCUCUAGUCGGUUUGAGGACCCCCGAAGGCAUCCGGAAAGCGACGAAAGAGAUGGAGGAACAGGCGAAGUCGCGGGAACGAUUCUUGCAGUACAUGAAAGGGAAGAUAAAUUUGGACGAGUAUGAGGAAUAUGAGGAGCCUGAGAGGACGAAGCGGGAGGCGGCCGCUAGUUCACAGCUGGACUUCAGGCUGUACGAGGUCGAUGAGAGGAGGCCGAAGAGUAAGAAGCCAGCGGCGAAAGUCGAAGAGGGACAUGUUAUAUCAGGUGCGGAUUGGGGCGCGCCCGCACUACACAAGCUAGUGCGUGACACGCGAUCCCGCUUGAGAGAAUCGCGUCGCUUCUGGAUCCAGAUACCGGUCGUGCUGUGCACCGACUUAAGUACCACCGGCGCAGCUUGCUUUAACGGAUCUGCUAUGGGCAGUUACACCAGAAGUCCGGCUGGUGAAGGUAGCGCAGCUUUAGCUUCCAACCCUGAAGUCAGGGGAUCUUCGUCCCCCACAGCGUUGGAAACUAAGAGGGUUCAACUUGAAGGCUUGAAAGCCUUAACCAGCAGGCUCAAGGACGCUUAUAACGGCAUCGAGGUCCAGUGGAAAGGAGAUGAUUUACCUCAGCCGUCGGCUUCGUCUCGCAUCGACAUCGGAGACUUCGGCUCAGGCUCGGGCUCCGGCGACAGAACCGACGACACAGAAGACGUGCCCGACGAUAUCGACGACGGGGAUUAUCCUGAAGGCUCGGGCGAAACCCCGCCGGAGGACCCGACCGAGUUGAACCCCACUUCGACCGAGGCGCCGUUCGUGCCGGGCAUCGUGGACGCGCCGGACACCAACAACGUGGACCUCCGCGGCCGCGCGGACGGCGGCGCGGAGCCCGGCGCGGAGCCCGACGCCGCGGCGCCGCGCCCCGUGGCCGACGCGGCGGACAGGCCGUCACUGCACAAAGCGCUGUUCACGUACGCGCUGCCAGUCGUCUGCGCGUGGUUCGGCACGAUCGUGACAGAUCUGUUUUAAAUUCGAAUAUAGAACGUUACGUUGUGAUGUGAUGAGUGAUAAUUGCAAACGGUGGUUUCGUAUUUCGAAUUGCGAUUUGAUUUGUUCGUUUCACGUCUCGACCAAUCGGAUUGAAGUGUUUGAAAUUUUUCGGCUCGGAAAAUUAAAAUUGUGUGAAUGGUUAUGACUAGUUAAUAUUAGACGAUAAUCGGACCAAUGGACGCAAAAACAAUUAAAGUAACGUAGAAUUCCAGUGAUACCGAAUACUUAUUUAAAUGUAUCUUUGUCCUUCACCAGUGGCUAUCAUAAAGAUAUCUUACAAAAUUUAAAACCUAUGUUUCAGUGAUUUUCGGACUUUGCCCGAUUAUCGCCUGAUAAUUUCCAUAUUUAUUAAAUAUCUUUAAAGCUUUUGUUUUGUCGAUUAUAAUGUAGAUUUUAUAAAUUGUAAAAGAUUUCUCUCUUUUAUUAGAUUAAAAAACACGUAUUUAUAGCAAUUUUAUAUCAAAGUUAUCUGUUCAAAAAUCGUUAUCGGAAAAGGCGAGACUAUUUACUUUAGCUUAUAAUAAAGUGUCAUUUUUCUAAAAGCAGCCAUAUGUGUUAAUAUCAAGUAAACACACCUAUUCCGAUGUACGAUUAUCGAUUGGUUGAGAUUGUAAAAGUGAAACGAUGUUGUAAAUAGACUAGUCAGUGUGGAGCGAGUGAGCGCGGCGGGCGCUUCUGUGAUAUGUGGACUUUUUUGGACAUGGACUUUUUUGAAAAAAUUGAACUAAUUUAUUUCAUUUUCUAAUGAAUUCUCGAGUGAUCGACAAUAAACGGGCCCGUGUUAUUAUUUUCGCCAUGAUAACGUUAGGUGUAUUUUUUAAUAAUGUGGAAAUUUCAUGAAAUUAAUUUAGAGAAAUCCAGCCAAAUUGUCGUAAUUAUUUAAAGGUCUUUGUAAAUAUUUUGUGUAAAUUUAAAUCAAUUGAAUAGAUAGUUAAUGUGUUUUAUUCGUUUUGUACGUGUUGAGUCUACAGUGUAGAUAUCAUUUUUAAUUUACUCGAACUACGAAAAUGUAUUCAUGAAGUUUUCAAAUAAUAAUCUUGAGCAAUUUUUUUUUUACAAUACUUUUAUACAGAAAUAUUUAGCAAUUAUAUCUUACAUAAAUAAAUGAUUAUUUAAUUAUUUUUUUUACUUGACUUUCAAAAGUCUACAAAAAUUAGUUUGGGAAUGAAUAGUCAACAUCUUUGCCUUAUCAUGUAGCAAAAAAAAAUAUUACAAUGUUUCAUACAAAUAAAGAAUUAAAAAAAUCCGAUUUCUAUAAGGAAAGUUUUUCAUCCUUAGCUGAAUUUACCGUAACAGAUCUUGUACACGUUAAACAAUAUUAUUCUCUCUAUCAUAAAUCAUCAAUUGAGUGUAACAUUUAUUGCUUUAUUCUUUAUUAUUAUCUAUGUGGACAUAAUCUAUUGUAUCUAAUUGUAAUUCUACUGUAAAUAACAUUAAUUCAUAAUUUCUAAACUUAAGAGACUGAUUUUUUUUCGAUUAAUUUGUUUACAAAAAUCAUUGGAUUAAGAUAUUAUUAUUAUACUAAUUUUUAACCGACUGAUGUAUACAUAAUUCGCGGAUAUAUUUUUUUUUUAAUUAUUUGGCGUUUGACGGGCGAUUAACCUUGUGGAAAAUUUAUAUUCUUAAUUAAUAUCAUGAAAUGUAAAAUCAAAUAAUAACACUGCCAUUAAAAUAUAGUAAUUAUCUGAAAAUAGGUUUGUAUUGUCAUAGCAAACUUCAGAAUGGAACUUUUUAUUUAAUUUUGAUUGCAAUUAAAAUGAAUAAUUAACUUUAUAUAGUUAUUCUUUUUCUACCAUUAUAUAUAUUUUAUGAAAAUUUUGAUAUUUUGAUUCUUAUAUUUUAAUCGCCCGCUAUAACGCUAUUUUUUUUUUUUUGUAAUAUUUAUACUUUUGGCUUCAGCUUUAUUUUACUAGUGAAUAUAUUGCUAUAUAAUGUGUAAAUACUGGUAGGAAUAAUAUUGUAACAUCAAAAAUUAUAAUUUUGAACAGUCAUUUUUAGGUACCCCACAGACUUUCUGAGUCGAUAGUUUUUAUAACGUGCACUGCGCAACGUAAUACGCCAUUGAGCUACGCCACGCCAACAGUCCACCCUGUUCCACUUUUUUUUAAUUUGGCUUAACGCACACCUUUUUAAUCGAACUAAGCACAAACCAUUUGACCGUGGUACAUAAUUUAAGUACAAUAUGAAAGAUAACAUGGCGUAAUAAACGCUAUAAAAGUAAUUAUGAAAAAUAAAAAAUAAAGCAAGAAGCGGGGACCAAAUACAUUGUAAUGUGCCAUCUUACUUAAGUUUUAUUUGGAAAAUUUAUUUAAAACUUGCACUUUUUCAGAACUGUCUACGGUCCGCAAAAUAACUUUCUUUGAUAUGUAUUUUCUGUAAAAAAAGUAACGUUCUUUUUAUAAUUUUUAACCUAUAUAGAUUAACUAACUGCGAUAUAUGUUCUCGAAAAAAAAAUACAAUUUCCGAACGUUUCAUAAUGUUUUUGUUUAAACUUGCAUAUUUUCCAUAUCAUAUUUGAAUUUAUAUUUUUUGUAUAGUUUUAUAAUAACUAUUAUAUACUAGGACUUAAAGAUUUGGACAACAAAAGUAAAAAUAUUGUUUACCUUACGUAACAUAUAGUAGAGGACUGUAUUACUGUAUGUAUGAUGUAUAUAUUAUUAUCGAUAAAAUUUAAAGUCUUUAAGAUCUUACAAAUUGGGCUGAUGAGUCGUUUUGGAAAUACAGUAAUUAUAAUCACCAACUUCAAUAAGUGGAACUACAUUGUUUCUUUUAAGGUAUUAAACUAAAAAUAAAUAUAUAUAUAUAUACGGAUUUAAGCAAAAUAUUUCAAAAUUUUACGUCGAUUCCGGUUUAAAAAAAAAAGUAUACGAAUACACAAGAAUAACAAAAAAAUAAGCGAAAUAACAACUCAUUGGUCCAAAUAACUAACUGUUGCUAGAAUAUGUAGUUUUUAUACUGUUUUAUGAAUAACAGGGUAUCGAUAAUAUCGAAUCAAAGAAUUCGUUUCUCAGCACUGUAACCUAAUUUGCAUAUUUAGACAAAAUACAUUUUGUAAGACCCGUCGAAAAAUAGGCUUUAUUAAAGUACACAUUGGCAAUGCAGUACGAAAUAUCACUAUCACAACAUAGUAUAAAGCAAAGUAGCUUUCCGCGUAUGUCCCUCUGUAUAUUUGUAUGUACGUCAAAACUACACAACGGAUUUUGAUGCAGUUUUUUAAGUGAUUCAAGAGGUGUAUUUAUGUAUAAAUGGUCGUGCGAAGCCGGGACGGGUCGCUUGUUUAAAAUAAAAUACACAACUUAGUAUGUAUAUUAUGUUAUUUACUUUUUGCCAUUCAUUAUCAAAUAGAACUCAAUCGUACUAACGAGAUUACAUCGCAGUGAAAUUGUGUGAAAGUGAUAGCAAUACGUUUGCGUAAGAAGAAAAAAGAUGACACUAUAUGGUUGUCUUUUUGUCUGGCUAAGGAAACUUUUAUUUUAAACUAACUCACACUGCCCUCAAAUAUUAAUGUUUUUCAUACUCGUCAGUUUAAAAGUCACACGUGUCUUGGGAAAAAAUCUAGUCAAAAGUACUUUCGGUGUUUCUGGUGCUGUCUGCUGUAUGCAUGGACGCGGAUCAUUUUUCUCAUUCGCGUGUGACAUUUCCAGCCAGUAUUCCAAACUACUUUUAAUCACUUAGUAUAUAAUUAAGGAAGUGUCUAGUCUGCCACCAGUGGUCAUUUAAUAAAAAUAAAUAUACUGCCACUUGUGGUUAGAUAAAAAAUUAUAUUAUUCUGCCGCUAUAGGCACAAUAACAAAUAAGGCUAUUCUGCCACAAGUGGCAAGUCAAACCAACAAAAUAUUCUACCGCUAGCUAGAGGCAGCAUACCUACCAAAAAUAAACAGCCACCAAAGCUGAGGCAAGCCUUUUGCGGCAAUUGAUAUACUUAUCAAAAGUAGUAAAUGAUACACGAUUUCUAAGAAAUAUAUUUAUUUUUCAUGUACGAGUACAUAACAACGUUUAUUUAGAUAUUGUUCUUUUUUUUCUUAACUCCUACUACUGUUAGAUCAUGUCCUUUGGGUCGACCUCUGCGUUUUCGGACAGCUGGUAAUCUUAUUGUUUGAUUAACAAGAGCAUUACAGGUCUAUGCCUGAUUUAAUGCCUUUAGCUAAUGCUAUUUUUGUCAUUUCUAUCUUCAGUUUUUACAUGAUUCUCAGCCUUUUCUAGAUUUUGUUUCUGUUCAACAGGUUUCUCUAUAUGUAGAUUUAUUUCUUUCUCAUCCUGUUUAUUAUGUAUUAUAAGUUGUCUCUCUGCGUAUUCUAUAUUUACUAUCUCUAAAUCUUCUGCAGUAUGGUCGAUUAUAUGUAGGUACUAGAGGCCGCCCGCGACUUCGUCCGCAUGGAAACCCUAUCAAUCCCGCAGGAACUCUGGGAUAAAAAGUAGCCUAUGUGUUAUUCUGGGUCUUCAGCUACCUACAUACGAAAUUUCAUGGUAAUCGGUUCAGUAGUUUUUGCGUGAAAGAGUAACAAACAUCCAUACAUCCAUACAAACUUUCGCCUUUAUAAUAGUAGUAGGAUGUGCCUUAUUUGUUUUUAUCGUUACAUUUUCAUAGUUUUUUGUGUCUUCCUUUUCUGUUUCUGGUUCAAUAUGUAUUAUUACAUGUGUCUCUAAGUUUAUUUUAUUGCUUUCUUUUUGUUCAUUAUGUAUUAUUACUAUAUUUUUAGCAAAUCCAAUUUGCUCUGUUUCUAAAACCUCUGUAGUGUUAUUGUUAAUUUUUAUGUUACUUGUUCUUUUAAACAUAUUUUCAUCUUUAUUUCUGUCAUCAUUUGUGACAAUCCGCGGCUAAAGGUACCUUGUGGUCGAUGUGGAGUUAUGCAUACGGUAGUAAUCUGGGAUUAAUAAGCUGUAGAUAUCAAAAAAGAUCAACCUCCUACGAUGUUUUGUUACGGAGAUACAAUUUUUUAAAAAUUAUACUGAAAAUUGUGCAAUUUCGAGAAACAGACAUUUUAAGUUCAGCCACCUCGAAUACUAUGUUGCCGUUGUUAGUUACAUAGUAGGCAACGAAAAAUUAUUCUUAGGACUCCUGUCUUUUAAAGAAUGUUGAGACAACUUUUGUAUUACUAAUCAGAACCUUGUUAUGGACCAACCAAUGUGUCUAUUGACCAAUUUCUAAAAAAUGAUGUUUUGUUUAAUUUUUCCAAUUUCGUGCGAUGAGAGCUACAGAUUUUUAACUGACCUAUUAGAACACGAUUUCGAAAGAAAAUCUUGACAAAAUAAAAACAAAAUUAGGGGU